AUGGUGAAAGAUGAAAAGAAAAUGGAUAAGCCUGUUAUAUUUGAUCCUCCUAUCAGACCACGCUUUUUACCUGGCGAGGUCGACUCGGUGGUAAAUAGAAUAGAUUUCAAGUGCUACCAAGCGCAUCGUUUGAGUUGCGCCAAUGCUAAGCCAAAAGUGGACAACAAGCCACCGAAAUUCGACACGAGCAUUUACUACGACACCGAGAAUUUGAAGGACGAUGCACGAUUGACGAAGGCUGUUCAUUUGCAAAACUUGCAGCUUGCGAAAGCGCUCAAUAAAGUCUACAGACUAGGGGGAAAGGUUGACUGUUGGAAUUUGCGAGAUAAGAAGUAUCAGAUAGAUCAAACCGAAGAGAUAAAAAUGUGCAAGCGCAUCAUGAAAGACAAUAAAAAGUUAUACCGCACGGUCAAUUGUCUUCUUGUGGGUGAAUAUGCGCCAAAGGUACACGCAAAGGCGUGGCAAGCAUUGAAAGAACAAAUCGAAGAAAAACAAAGAUUUCCAUGGCUGAAAGAGCCCUUCAGAUAUCCAUCGAUCACAAUAAAUGCUGUUCCACCGGAACACAACGAUGGCCCUCAACGAUCGGUGUGUUUCUUCGAUUUGGCAUUGGGUAACCUGCCCUUAGGUAGAGUUGUGUUCGAGCUGUAUAACGAUUACGUUCCGUCGAUCUGCGCCAAUUUCGAGGCUUUCUGCAAAGGAUACGAGAGGAUGUCUUACAAAGGUACUCCAUUCCAUCGCAUAGUAUCCGAUUAUUGGUGUCAGGGCGGAGACGUUACGAAAUUCAACGGUCUCGGUGGUGCUUCUAUCCACGAUGGGGCUCCCAACGAGGACAAUUACACUCUAGAACAUUCGUGCCCCGGGGUGCUGUCGACUUACAACGAUCGACAAGACGGAUUCGACUCGAAAUUCAACUUGACGUUUCAGCCGUUGAAAACGAUGAACGGCCGAAAGGUCGUCUUUGGCAAGGUGGUUAAAGGCAUGGACAACGUAUUGAAAAUUAACGCCUACGGGACGAAGUUUGGAAAGCCACUGCGGCAAAUAACAGUUUGUAACUGCGGCGUCUUGCAGCCGAAAAAGAAAGUGUGGUUACGAUCGAGCGUAGAAUGCGAGCCAACGGGUUCGCUUUCGUCGAGAUCGGAGAACGCUGGAGAUGAAUGA